UUAUGGUCAUGUUUACCAGCACAAGUUUUGAUGUUUAUAAUUGUUAUAUUGACUGCAAGGACUUCGUCUCAGUCACAUUGUAUCUUGGUUUGGGCAUUUGGGGAAGCUGUGUUAAUUUUAAUAUGGCGGAUCGUUCUAAGAGAUACAAGAAAAUAGGAUUUCUUGGUGAGGGGCAGGUGCGUUUCCUUUUGCAUUUUCGGGAGCAUUUUAGUGUUUCAUAAGCAGUUGAUUGUAAUAUUGUUUCAGUUUGCCACAGUAUUCAAAGCGGAAGACCAAGAAAACGGUCAAAUUGUCGCCGUUAAAAAAAUAAAACUCGGACAAAGAAAUGAAGCGAAAGAUGCUACUGGAUGUGUUUGGACAUAAGUCAAAUGUUAGUUUAGUAUUUGAUUUUAUGGAAACAGAUCUUGAGGUGAUAAUCAAGGACACCAGUAUCAUGUUGACUCCAGCUCACAUCAAAAGUUUUAUUUUGAUGACUUUGCAUGGCUUAGAGUAUCUUCACAUGAACUGGAUAUUGCACAGAGAUUUGAAACCGAACAACCUUCUUAUUGAUAAACACGGUAUUUUAAAAAUUGGUGAUUUUGGUUUAGCAAAAUACUAUGGCAGUCCAAGCAGAAUCUAUACUCACCAGGUUGUCACAAGAUGGUAUCGUUCUCCCGAACUGCUGUUUGGCGCUCGCAUUUAUGGUACUGGUGUCGAUAUUUGGGCAGUGGGCUGUAUUUUGGCCGAAUUGCUUUUGAGAGUACCGUUCUUGCCUGGAGAAUCUGAUUUGGACCAGCUAAGUCGAAUAUUUCAAGCUUUGGGCACACCCAAUGAAGAUUCAUGGCCGGGACUGAAGAGCCUGCCAGACUAUGUAGAGUUCAAGGAAUUCCCGGGUACACCUCUUAAAGAUAUCUUUAGCGCUGCUAGUGACGAUCUCCUCGAUCUCCUUGCAAGAUUACUUGACUGCAACCCGAAUGGUAGAGUCGCUUCAAGUCAGGCUCUGCAGAUGCCGUAUUUCUCGAACAAGCCCGCACCAACCCCUUCUGCUUCGUUACCGUUGCCUAGAGUGUCAGGCUCCAGUAUUAUUAAAGAAGAGGAAAAAGCUAAGAAACGGAAACUGGCCGGCAUUCCAGAGGCUAGUCAUGUUGGAACCAAGCGGUUGGUAUUUUGAUGGCGUCAUGUUGAAGCUGCUUCUUGUCGAAUCGGGAUACUGUCUCUGGAUUUUCUUGCGCAGAAGUCGAUGGAUUCUACUGGGAGUCGUGUGACGUCAUUUGAAUAAACAUGUUUCAUGGCAUUUCGCUUCGUGGCAUUUUGCCAACCAGCCAAAUGGUUUCGGUAAGGCUAUUUUUCUCAUCAAGUCUUAGCAUCCAAGUGAACCGAGAGUAGAACUAACUACUUAACAAAUCAAUGUUCGUUAGAACGAACUUAUAAUAUUAAAGGUGAGAAGAGCAAAUUAUUGUCGAGCGAACUAUUGCUUGAUCGCUCUUUGCGCAUGUGUAAAUUAAAAAAUUCACUUAAGGAACUGUACAUUUUAAUGAAAUUGUAAUGUAUAUCUGUUGAUAAA